AUGAGAAUUGGCAAAGGCGUUGCGAUGAGUCCCGGCGAACUCGACAGGCUGUAUAAGGGCUCCGGGAAAGGGACACUGAGUGAUCCAAAGAUUUACUACAAUACAAACACUAACAGUGUGUCCAGAGUGCUGCUUGAACAGUGCGAGAAGGUUGCCAAGGACGAGGCACGACGGCUUGGGAUGACGUGUGCCGUCAUCAGAGGCGAUCUACACAACACUACUCGAACCCUGGAUGAGUAUACCAAAGAGGUCAUCAUGGUCGAGGACCCAACGAACAAGGGCAAAUUGAUACCGCUCUUGGAGCCUAUCGACGAUCACUUGACGAUAGCAUUCGGGUCAGUCCUCUAUGACCGCACCACCUGUGGGACUGACAACAUCCAGAUACAGGGUCACCUGUUCCUCAAUGUUGAGCGAGAACCCGGGUCAACGUCUUGGACAAACCAGCGCCACGAGUCCGGGCUCAUUUUGCCAAAGCCGCUCUGGGACAUGUCCAAGGAAUUCGAUGCUGGUCUUGCAAAGAUCACAGUCCACGCCGGGGUGGUAAACCAACCAACCAACCUGCCCUCCCUGCGUAUCGUAACCCACACACCUUUUGACAACAUUCCCCUGGAGACUGUGUUGACAAACCAAAACCCCCAGAUAUUCUGGGGCCUCAGCCCAAACGACAUCCCAAGGCCGGUCAAAGACGCAGUUGAGACGGCCGUGCGGCAGCAGAUAGUUGAGCAUGGCCUCACUUGCGCCAUCAUCCGCCUCGAAACGCUCGCCGGAUACUACGACGGCGCCAAGAACAAAAACACCGCCACCGCUGGCGCCCCGGACGAGCCCGUCGGCCACUUCGCCAUCUACCUAGGCACGACCCCAGCAGACGCCGAGCUCAAGACGCACCUCCCCGCAGGCUCAGGCAAGCCAGGUCCGCCCCACGCGUCGGCCAGCCCAGCCGCAGAGCAGGAUGAUGAUGGGGCGCGGACGCCGUCGAUGAGUGAGAUUGAGGAGGAAUACAGCCAGGUGGAGAAAAAGUCCAAGGGGGCGAGCAAGAGGCUGUCCAAGAUCGGGGCCAGUGUUGGGAAGUUUGUGCGGCUCAACUAG